AUGUCUUCCGAAGAGGGCUCCGCGGUGCCAGCACAGCAGAAGGGAUCAUGSACAGGAUUUCUCAAGCAACUCGCGAGCUUCAAUGGCGACCUCAGCACGAUGACUGCCCCGGCCUGGAUCGUAUCGAACACGUCCCUCACCGAGUUCUCUGCAUACUGGGCAGAAAUGCCAGGCCUGCUUGUCGCACCCGCUUCCGAAAAAGAUCCCAAGAAGCGUAUGGCGUUGGUAUUGAAGUGGUUUCUCAGCACACUGAAGCAGCAAUACGCCAGCCGGAACGAGAAGUUGGGAAGUGAAAAGAAGCCUAUCAACCCGUUCCUAGGAGAACUUUUUGUGGGAAAGUGGGAGGAUGCAUCAGGCGAGACCAAGCUCGUAAGCGAGCAGGUUUCACACCACCCUCCAGUGACUGCAUACAGCAUCUGGAACAACAAGCACGGAGUUCGUCUGCAGGGAUACAACGCUCAAAAGGCCAGCUUUGGCCGGACCAUCAACGUUCGCCAGGUCGGCCACUGCAUUUUGCACAUUGAUGAGUUCAACGAGGACUACAUCAUCACUCUCCCUGCUCUACAUAUCGAAGGUCUGAUUCGAGGCUCGCCUUACGUCGAGCUCAACAAGAGCAGCUACAUUGUAUCGUCAUCGGGCUACAGUGCGCGCGUUGAUUACUCCGGAGCUGGCUGGGUCUCUGGUGCUAAGAACUCAUUGAGUGCCAUCGUAUACCCACACGGCAAGGAGAAGAGCAAGAGCAGUGUCAUCUACACCGCUGAGGGUAGCUGGACCGACAACUUUGUCAUCAAGGAUGCGAACAAGAACCCCGUUGAGACCUACGAUGCGAAAAAGGAGCCAAAGACUCCUCUCCAGGUGGCACCUAUCGAAAGCCAGGAUCCACUCGAGUCAAGGAGGGCAUGGCAGAACGUGAGCAAGGCAAUUGCCGCUGGAGACAUGAAUCUACUGUCAGUUGAAAAGUCAAAGAUUGAGGAGUACCAGCGCAACCUACGAAAGAAGGAGUCGAGCGAGGGACGAGAAUGGCAGCGCACUUUCUUCACCAAGGCUAACAGCCUUCCUGCUUUCGAGAAGCUGAUCAAAGAGGUACCCCACGGAAGCCUGGAGCAAGAUCAAACCGGCGGGAUCUGGGUGUUUGACGAGAAGGCAGCCGACAAGCGGGCGCCUUUCAACCCGUUGAGCGAGCAAUUGAAGGACGGCUGGAAAUGA